AGCCCGCCUGAGCGUUCCGCAAGGCCGGCUCCCCCGCGGGGUCGCGCGCGCGGUCACGGGGCUCGCUCCCGAGGGGCAGGUCGGGGCUGGGAGCGGGAGCCGGGGUCGGGGUGGCGGCGGCGGCCUGGGCCGCGAGGUCGACGCCCGCUGCUGCAGCGGCAGAGGCCGAAGGACCUGCCGCGGCUCUGUCGCCGGAGAGGGAGGGCCCCGCUGCCGUCGGUGAAACCAGCCCAGAGAAGUUACGGGAUUUGCCCCUGGGUCUCCUGCCCAGCAAGCCAGCGCUGUGACCCAGGUGUGGGGGAUGAUGGUGAAACCUCUCACUCACAUGUGAAGAGUCUCAUUUUGUUGCCUAGGCUGGAGUACAUUGGUGCGAUCUUGGCUCACUGCAACCUCCAUCUCCCAGAUCUGUUGAAGCACAUGGGUCUUGGAAGCCCUUUAAACAGAAGUGGGAAGUGUUCGCCAGAGGACUGCGCUCUCUCCUGUCACCUCCUGUGACUCGGGCUGGAACCCGUGGUGACCUCAGGAUUCUUCAUACACCACCACAGCCCCGUCCCCGACCAGCCGAGGCAGCAACAGCAACAGCUCCAGCACAAGGACGGAACCGCUGGACUCCAGAUUCCUUGCUGGGUGCUGAGCGUGGCCUGAGGGACAGGCCCUGGGUCCCAGGAUGCCCCUGCCCGGGCCCAGUGAGCAGGAGGGCGAGAGUGUAAAGGCCGGCCAGGAGCCAUCCCCCGAGCCAGCCACAGACGUCCUGGCAGCCCCCAGGGAGUUCUCCAAACUGGUCCUGCUCACAGCCUCCAACCAAGAUGAGGAUGGGGUGGGAUCCAAGCCCCAGGAAGUGCACUGCGUCCUGUCCCUGGAGAUGGCUGGCCCCGCCACCCUCGCCACCACCUUGCAGAUCCUGCCAGUUGAGGAGCAGGGAGGGGUGGUCCAGCCAGCCCUAGAGAUGCCUGAACAGAAGUGCAGCAAGCUGGACACAGCAGCCCCUCAGUCCCUGGAGUUCCUGAGGACACCAUUCGGGGGCCGCCUCCUGGUGCUGGAGUCCUUCCUGUACAAGCAGGAGAAGGCUGUUGGGGACAAGGUGUACUGGAAGUGCCGCCAGCAUGCUGAGCUGGGUUGCCGGGGCCGGGCCAUCACCCGAGGCCUGCGGGCCACCGUGAUGCGGGGCCACUGCCACGCGCCUGAUGAGCAAGGCCUGGAGGCCCGGCGCCAGAGGGAGAAACUGCCCAGCCUGGCCCUGCCGGAGCGCUUGGGAGAGCCCCAGGGUCCUGAGGGCCCUGGAGGCCGAGUGGAGGAGCCACUGGAGGGGGUGGGCCCGUGGCAGUGCCCUGAUGAGGAGCCACAGCCAGAGCCCACUCCUGGGCUGGUGCUGAGCAAGCCAGCCCUGGGGGAGGAUGAGGCACCCCGAGCCCUGUCACUGCUGAGCCUGCCGCCCAAGAAGCGCUCGAUCCUGGGGCUGGGACAGGCCCGGCCCCUCGAGUUCCUGAGGACGUGCUACGGGGGCAGCUUCCUGGUACACGAGUCGUUCCUCUACAAGCGGGAGAAGGCUGUCGGGGACAAGGUGUAUUGGACCUGCCGGGACCACGCACUGCACAGCUGCCGGAGCCGGGCCAUCACCCAGGGACAGCGGGUGACCGUGAUGCGUGGGCACUGCCACCAGCCCGAUAUGGAGGGCUUGGAAGCCCGGCGGCAGCAGGAGAAGGCCGUGGAGACGCUGCAGGCUGGGCAGGACGGCCCUGGGAGCCAAGUGGACACGCUGCUCCGAGGUGUAGAUAGUCUGCUCUACCGCAGGGGUCCGGGUCCCCUGACUCUCACCCGGCCUCGGCCCAGAAAGCGAGCAAAGGUCGAAGACCAGGAGCUGCCAACCCAGCCCGAGGCCCCAGACGAGGACCAGGACAUGAACGCAGACCCUGGAGGCCCCGAGUUCCUGAAGACGCCCCUGGGGGGCAGCUUCCUGGUGUACGAAUCCUUCCUCUACCGGCGGGAGAAGGCGGCCGGGGAGAAGGUGUAUUGGACCUGCCGGGACCAGGCCCGCAUGGGCUGCCGCAGCCGUGCCAUCACCCAGGGCCGGCGAGUGACUGUGAUGCGUGGUCACUGCCACCCGCCCGACCUGGGGGGCCUGGAGGCCCUGAGGCAGCGGGAGAAACGCCCCAACACGGUGCAGUGGGGGAGCCCAGUAGGCCCCGAGUUCCUGAAGACGCCCCUGGGGGGCAGCUUCCUGGUGUACGAGUCCUUCCUCUACCGGCGGGAGAAGGCAGCCGGGGAGAAGGUGUACUGGACCUGCCGGGACCAGGCCCGCAUGGGCUGCCGCAGCCGCGCCAUCACCCAGGGCCGGCGGGUCAUGGUCAUGCGCAGGCACUGCCACCCUCCGGACCUGGGCGGCCUGGAGGCCCUGCGGCAGCGGGAGCAUUUCCCCAACCUGGCGCAGUGGGACAGCCCAGAUCCUCUCCGGCCUCUGGAGUUCCUGAGGACUUCCCUGGGGGGCAGAUUCCUGGUGCACGAGUCCUUCCUCUACAGGAAGGAGAAGGCGGCUGGGGAGAAGGUGUACUGGAUGUGCCGGGACCAGGCUCGGCUGGGCUGCCGCAGCCGCGCCAUCACCCAGGGCCACCGCAUCAUGGUCAUGCGCAGCCACUGCCACCAGCCUGACCUGGCGGGCUUGGAGGCCUUGAGGCAACGGGAGCGGCUCCCCACCACGGCCCAGCAGGAGGACCCAGAAAAGAUUCAAGUUCAGCUGUGCUUCAAGACGUGUUCUCCUGAAAGCCAGCCGAUUUAUGGGGACAUCAAAGACGUCAGACUGGAUGGCGAGUCCCAGUGAGGCGAUGUGGGCAGAGGAGCUCUGAGCUGCCCACCCAAGGUGGCUUCACAUCCACACAGGCGCUUCCCAUCCACUUAGGUUUGGCUUGACAGAAACUUCUUUUCAUUCUUCCAAAGCAUCAAUGGUCUUUGCGUCUCCUCAGGAGGUCUCCCAGGAGGAAUUCUUGGAUGGUGUCCUCGUGUCGGCGGAGAACAGUGCUCAGAGCUGGCGCUUGCAGACGCAGCUGUCGUGGGGCAGCGCACUGGCGCCUUCCUGACCUUUGGAAGACGUGACAAAGCUGCCUGGACACGGACGCCCCUGCUGUCUGGCCACAGCACCCCUGGGUUUGCAGAGCACGUAGUCUUCCCAGGGCUUUCCACCUGGCGAGGCCCCGCUCUGCUCAGCACGGAGCAGUGAAUGCUGCUGUCUUGGAGCCUGGGCACGUUUGGGGAAGUUCCUGCUUCAAACUGAGCUGCCCCGCAUAGGCCAGGUCAAGCCACGCCAAUCUUUUCUGGAUAGGUGCUGGGUAGGCCUUCCUGGUCUCUGGCCGCCUGCUGCCAGGGUGCAGCCAUCCCCAGCAACCCGAGCUGGCCAAACCAGAGGCCUCGCUCCGCGCUCCACACUUUACUUUCUGUGCUCCUUCUGAGUUAAAUUAAACCCCCUCUCCAUGAUUCCCACGGCAGGCGUCAUUCCCCGAGAUGGGAGCCAGCCCAGGGGUCAGCAGGAGCCAGUGCUGGGCACACGUGCCCUGGCUGAGGCCAGCGGCAUCCUGGGUGGCCCAGGUCCAUCCUGGGCAGCAGAGGCGUGUCCCCUUCUGUCAGGCAACUUCACAGAGUGUGGCUUCGCCAGUCAGAGGGAGCAGUCCGGAGAGGCAAGAUGACCCCACCGGGACUGCAGAGCCUCCUGCUUACUAACAAGGACCUGUCCUCAGCCGUGAGGUCCUUCACUCCCACCCUGUAAUUGUGGGCAGAAUGCCAGCAACAGGGCUGUCCCCUGGCAAGGGGACACGGAGCCCACCAUCCACUGCAAGGCUGUGACAACCCGGGCAUCCCCGCUUCUCCUCUGCUUGUACGGUUCCCCCAAUAAAUCCUAUUUUCCAUCUCA